UGAGUUCAUAACACAGAUUAGGAUUUCUUCCCCGACUACGACUUCCCAAUCCUAUUCUUUUUUUCUCACAUCAAUAAUCUUCACACACUACCAAUUUCCAUUAAAAAAUAAGGCCUUUUUUCUCGCUCUCUUUCCUUCACAUUCCUUUUCUCAUCCCGAUUACCCCGGUGAUUAAUGGGGUUCCCUUAGGAUUGGAUUGGAUUGGAUUGUAAGCCAAGACGGUGAAGGGGCUGAGCUUGCUGCUUGUCUUUGUUUGAUUGGGAACUGAAUCAUGGAGCAUGUGAUUGGUGGAAAGUUUAAGCUUGGGCGGAAGAUCGGUAGCGGAUGGUUUGGCGAGCUUUAUUUGGGAGUCUGUGAAGACCAAGCACCCUCAGCUUCACUAUGAGUCAAAAUUAUACAUGCUUCCUCAAGGAGGAAGUAAGUUUCCCAAUGUAGUCCUCUUGUUUAUAGUGAGUUGAUAUAGAAAGUCAGAUUUCUUAUAUGUUUAUUGUUUAUUAGUCCUCUUUUCGCCUUUUUUAUAGUGAGUUCAAAUCGACUUAUGUGGCUAUUAUCUUUUCUCUGUAUGAAGCGGGUUUUCCGCAUUUGUUGACCAAAACCCAUGUCCAAGACCCGUCUUAUCAAUGUCUUCCCCCAAAACCCUGCUCAGCACCCUCCUCAGAAAUCCCACAACGAUCAGAACCAAGUCCCAGGCAAAACAGCUUCACGCCCAUAUCCUCACAACCAAAGGCACAUGUUCCACUCACUUGUCUGUCCUCUUAUCGGUAUACUCAAACCUUAAUCUCUUGCAUGAGUUACUGCUGGUCUUCAACACCAUUCAUUCCCCUCCCGCUCUUGCUUGGAAGUCACUCAUCAAAUGUUACACUUUCCAUGGCUUUUUUCACAAAUCCUUGGCUUCUUUCAUAGAAAUGAGGGCUGCUGGUGAGCACCCGGACCGCCAUGUGUUCCCUUCUGUGCUGAAAUCUUGCACAUUGAUGAUGGACUUGAAGUUAGGCGAGUCGCUACAUGCCUGCAUUAUAAGGCUCGGUAUGGAUUUCGAUUUGUAUACGGGCAAUGCGCUUAUGAAUAUGUACUCAAAAUUUCAGAGCUUGGGUGAGAGUGGGACACUGUCUGGUGCGCCCAAAGUGCUUGAUGGAAUGCCUGAGGAACGGGGAAAAGGCGAAGGUGAAAAUGUUGUGGUUACUGUUAGGGAAUUGAGUGGAAGAAUUGUGACUGGGGAGUUAGUAGACCAAGGACGGAUGCUAUGCUUUGACGAGAAAUCAAAGAGACAGAUGGGUGGUGGUGAGGGUUUGAAUAAUUAUAAGAAUAAUAGUAACUCGAAUCAAAGCAGUGUGAGAAAGAUAUUUGAUAUGAUGCCAAAAAAGGAUCUUGUUUCUUGGAAUACAGUGAUUGCAGGAAAUGCACAAAAUGGAAUGUAUGAAGAUGCUUUAACAAUAGUCAGAGAGAUGGGGAAUGACAACAUGAAGCCGGAUUCCUUCACUUUGUCGAGUGUCCUUCCUAUCUUUGCAGAAUAUGUGGAUGUUAUUAAGGGAAAGGAAAUACAUGGGUAUGCCAUCAGACAUGGGUUGGAUGCGGAUUUGUUCGUUGGAAGUAGCUUAAUUGACAUGUAUGCAAAGUGUACUUGCGUGGAAGAUUCAUGCCGGCUCUUCAAUCUCUUACCUUGGCACGAUGGCAUCUCAUGGAACUCUAUAAUUGCAGGGUGUGUGCAAAAUGGUCUGUUUGAUGAAGGCCUGAGAUUCUUUCGACAGAUGUUGAAGGCUAAAAUCAAGCCAAUGCAUGUUUCCUUUUCAAGUAUCAUGCCAGCUUGUGCUCACUUGACGACCCUACAUUUGGGGAAGCAGCUACAUGGAUAUAUAAUUAGGUGUGGAUUCGAUGAUAAUGUUUUUAUAGCUAGCUCCCUUGUUGACAUGUAUGCCAAAUGUGGGAACAUUAGGAUAGCUAGAUGGAUUUUUGAUAAGAUGGAGCUACAUGACAUGGUGUCAUGGACGGCCAUGAUCAUGGGAUAUGCUUUGCAUGGGCAUGCCCAUGAUGCCAUUUCCUUAUUUGAGCAGAUGGAAAUGGAGGGAGUAAAACCAAAUGAUGUGGCUUUUGUGGCUGUGUUGACUGCCUGCAGCCAUGCUGGAUUGGUAGAUGAAGCUUGGAAAUAUUUCAAUAGUAUGACUGAGGAUUUUGGAAUUGCUCCUGGCUUGGAGCACUAUGCUGCUGUUGCAGACCUUCUGAGUCGGGCAGGAAGGCUGGAUGAAGCUUUCAAGUUUAUAUCUGACAUGCAUAUAGGACCAACAGGAAGCGUAUGGUCAACACUUUUGUCAGCUUGUAGAGUUCAGAAGAAUGUUGAAUUGGCAGAAAAGGUGGCUGAGAGAAUAUUCAGGGUUGAUCCGGAAAAUAUGGGAGCUUACAUUCUAUUGUCAAACAUAUAUUCUGCUGCCAGGAGAUGGAAAGAUGUAGAGAAGUUGAGAAUCUUCAUGAGAAAUAAGGGCAUGAAAAAGAAACCAGCUUGCAGCUGGAUCGAAGUUAAGAACAAGGUGCAUGCUUUUGUGUCCGGAGAUAAAUCCCAUCCAUAUUAUGACAGAAUAAACGAGGCCCUGGAAGUUUUACUAGAGCAGAUGGAGCGAGAAGGGUAUGUUCCCAACACAAAGGAGGUGCUCCAUGAUGUUGAAGAGGAGCAGAAGAAAAACUUACUUUGUAGACACAGUGAAAGGCUCGCUAUAGCAUUCGGCAUCAUUAGCACUCCUGCGGGAACAACAAUUCGAGUAACAAAGAACAUUCGUGUCUGCAUGGACUGCCACACAGCAACCAAGUUUAUAUCAAAGAUUGUGGGGAGAGAGAUCAUUGUGAGGGAUAAUAGCCGAUUUCACCAUUUCAAGGAUGGAAAGUGCUCUUGUGGUGAUUAUUGGUGACUCGGCAUAAAGAGAUCAUGCCAUUUUGGUUGUCAGAACACAGUUUUAAGCAUGUCGAAGACAUUGAUUGCUACACAAGUUUUGAUUCCAUUGAUUGGUAUAUCUGUGAUUAGUUUUAUCAAAAACUGUUAUGAAACCUUCUUUUUUUAACAGUUUAUCAUUCGAAAAGUGGUGUUUCUAUCGUCUUGGAACAAAAGGCGCAGAUGAAAUAAAGGCUCAUCCAUGGUUCAAAGGCACUGAAUGGGACAGAUUGUAUCAAAUGAAAGCUGCAUUUAUUCCUGAGGUCAUUGAUGAGUUGGAUACUCAAAACUUCGUCAAGUUUGAAGAGGCUGAUAAGGAAAUUCAGACUUCAUCAAAAGCAGGUCCAUGGAGAAAGGUGAUGAGUCAGCCAAGGCUGCCAGUCAACCUGUUCAAGGGAGCUUUCUGACCUCUUGCCUCCCAACUAGAAGUCCCGGAGAAACAGAGUCAAUCCUAUCGAGCUACACCAAUAUUUCUAAUAACAUCAGAUGGCCACAAAAGAGUGCUUUGUUCCAUUUUGAAUGGCUUUUGUUUUAUUGCUUCCUGGAUUUGGUUGUUCUAGGGUGAAAGUUUUUGGGGGCAAAGGCCCCAAACGUGCUGAAAUGUCUACCAAAUAUUGUCUGGAAAUAUAUAUUCCUUGAUACUCUUGAUGAUA